AUGAAUGCUACUGUGCAACGCAACCACAUGGAUAAUGGCAACUCCAGCCUCGCAUCAUCUGCUACGGAGCCACACGCUGCCGUACAGACAGAUUCCCGCACUUCCAGAUUGACUGAUCGAGAUACCACCACAAAAGGCAAGUAUUCGCUAAAUGACUUCCAGAUCUUGCGCACGUUGGGUACGGGCUCUUUUGGCCGUGUUCAUUUGUCACGGUCGAUCCACAACGGCCGCUUCUACGCCAUGAAAACGCUAAAAAAGGAGAGGGUGGUUCAGAUGAAGCAGGUCGAGCACACCAACGACGAGCGCCGCAUGUUGAAGCUUGCGCAACAUCCAUUUAUCAUCCGCAUGUGGGGAACUUUUCAAGACUGUCAUAAUUUGUUCAUGAUCAUGGAUUACAUCGAGGGUGGUGAGCUUUUCUCAUUGCUUAGAAAAUCCCAACGGUUUCCUACUCCUGUGGCCAAGUUCUACGCAGCUGAGGUAUUUUUAGCAAUCGAGUAUCUUCACAGUUUUGAUAUCAUUUAUCGUGAUUUGAAACCCGAGAACAUUUUGUUGGACAAGAAUGGUCACGUCAAGCUUACCGACUUUGGUUUCGCGAAAGAGGUCACCGAUGUAACAUAUACUUUGUGUGGAACACCCGACUAUAUUGCACCCGAAGUUGUGGCCACAAAGCCAUACAAUAAAUCUGUGGACUGGUGGUCGUUCGGCAUCCUCAUAUUCGAGAUGCUUACAGGCUACACUCCCUUCUAUGACCCCACGCCGAUGAAGACUUAUGAGAAUAUUCUCAACGGUACAAUCACAUAUCCAGAUUAUUUACCUCCUGAUAUUCUUGAUUUGCUACAGAAACUUAUUGUAAAGGACUUGACUCAGCGACUCGGCAAUUUGCAAAAUGGCUCAGAAGACGUCAAAUCUCAUCCAUGGUUUAAAGAAGUUAUCUGGGAAAGACUACUCUCAAGAGACAUUGAGACCCCUUAUGAGCCUCCGAUCACUGCAGGCGUGGGUGAUACAUCCCAGUUCGAUCGAUACCCUGAGGACGACGAGUUGGACUAUGGAAUCACAGGCGUUGACGACCCCUACGCAGAUAAGUUCUUGGAUUUCUAG